ACAACUUGCACUUAGUACGAAUAGGGAAUACUAUUGUUGUGCGCAUGCGUGCCUUUUGACGAUUGGUCAGAUGCUGCGAUCCUGGGUCAGAAGAGGAAGAAACCCGUAAACGGGACCGUAGGAAAAUGCCGUUACUAAUUCAAAAUAAACGACUUGACUGCAUAACCUCGACGGCGGAACUGUUCGAAAAAUAUCCACAUUUACAGGAAAAUGCAAGGAAAUUUAGAUCCAUGCCACCUGUUUAUGUCGACCCAAAGGACCUCUUGUACAUCCAACAAAGAGAGUUUGCUGCAACAACACCAGCAGACAACAGCGUUUCAGUGAUUGGAUCUGAGGAUGCCACCACCUGCCAUUUGGUUGUGCUGCGACACACCGGAAGUGGAGCUGUUUGCCUCGCUCAUUGCGAUGGUUCCAGCACCUGGUCUGAAGUCCCGCUCCUUGUGAAAGCUGUGAUGUCACUGAGUGACAUCAGUAAGGAGGGCAGACUUGAGCUUCAUCUUGCUGGUGGAUUCAACGAUGAGUUAAAAAUAUCAGCUAAACUCAGCCAUGACAUACUAACAGCGUUCCAGAAAAUGAAAGAGGAUAUUCAUUUGGAAACAUGUUGCAUCACAGAAAUGAAUGACAUUGUUGUUGAUGAUGGAACUCAUCGGCCUAUAGUAUAUGGAAUAAGUGUAAAUGUCAGAACAGGGAAAGUGUUCCGUCCGACAUUCACUUAUAAAGGACCUGCAAAGGAGCUGCGAUCAGCAAGGACAUUCAAUAAGGGCCAGAUGGCCAACACGUAUGACUCAAGUCGAGGGCUUGUUCAAAUCGGGCCUUGCAAGUGGUCUGAAAAUCUGAUAACUGACAGUGGCUACUGGUUGCCACAAGAUGAUGACACAAUUCUAAAGACACUGUCUACCUCGCCGAAGGCCGAGCCGCCGAACUUCGUCCCUGACCUGAGAGCCACCUUCCAGUUCAUCUUAGAUCACCCCGACUGUGACAAGCUGUUCCCCGGGGGUCAGCCACAGUUCUACCAAAGGACCGCGAGUGGGGACUGGAAGAGUGCUGUCUAGUUGUCGA